AUGCUAGAGCUGGGCUACGACCCGAGCAGCUUCUGGGAGCAGCGGAUCGUGUGGGGUGACCACGACGCAUUCCAACACGUGAACAACGUGCGCUACGUGCGCUUCCUCGAGUCGUCCCGGAUUGAGUGGAUGGUCUCCCUAGGCAAAGAAAUCGGCGGCGCCUCCCGAGCGGACGACAUGCUCGCCGGGCGCGGCAUCUCGCUCAUCCUCAAGACCAUCUCCAUCGACUACAAGCGGCCCGUCGUCUACCCCGACAUGCUCCUCAUCGCGCACAAGCCACAUCCCGGCCCGCUCGUCUCGACCUCGGACGUGCACAAGACGGAGUUCGGCCAGUGCCGCUUCCCCAAGACCCACUUCCACCUCAUGGACGCGAUCUACUCGUACGCGCAGCGCCGCAUCGUGACGGAGUGCGACGAGGUGCUGGUGUGGUAUGAUUACGAGAAGCUGGCAAAGUGUGACCCUGGUGAGGAGGCUAGGGCGGCGUUGCAGCGCAGGAUGUUCUUGACGCAGGAGCCGAAUGCAUAUGAGUAAAGGUAAACCCCAUGGGUUUCGUUACCUCUAUCAUAUUCAGGCAUCUAAAGCUUCAUUGUAAUCUCACUGAACUGCUUCUUUGUAUCUGAUCCCGAGAAGAACAAUAAAUAACCCAUGACCCCAAGCCACCAGAAGAGAUAGAACACAGCACCCAAGCUCCUUCUGUAGAAACGUCAACUUAAUUUGCCGUCCUCAGCAUCCCAUCGUCAACCCACCAUACGGACCAUCAUGGUCCGACUCGUCACCAUCC